AUGAAUGAUGAAAGAAUCUAGUUUUUAGAAUGGAAGAAUGAAAAAGCUAUUUUGCAAUAGAAAAUUUAAAUUUAAGAUAUGUAUAUUUAGGAAGCUAAGGAAAGAGAAGAGAACUUGAGAAAGAUGAAUGAAAUAUUCAUUAAUACUCUAAACCAACAAUAAAAUGAAAAUGUUGUUCAAAAAUUUUAAAAGAGUUAUGAAUAGAGUGAGAUAGAAAAAUAAUAAGAUAUUAUAAAUGCUUAAUAAAUAGAAAUAAAAUUGCUAGAAAGUAAAUUAGCUGAAAAAGAAAAUCAAAUAAAAUUAAUUCAAAAAAGCAAUGAGAAAGAAAUUGAGAAACUAUAAAAAAGGAUUGUAGAAUUAGAAUAUUUAUCAUGCAAUAAAGAAAACAUUAAUUAUUAAAAUAUAAUUGAAUAUUAGGUAAAUUAAUAAUAUGAUGAUGAUAAAACUCUUCAACAACGAAAAAGAAACCAAAGUCCUUCUUAUCCAACUACAAGAAUUCGAACUGUUUAAUAAUAAUAAUAAUAAUAAUAAUAAUAAUAAUAACAAUAGAUUUCUAAUAAUAAGUUUGAUGAAUCUACAUGUACAAAUUAAGAUUCAACUGAUAUUUCAAGUUUCUUAAAUAGAAUUAAUCCUAAUUUAUAAAGGUAGAUGAAAGAUAUCUAAAGUAAAUUAUAUAACACAAAAAAGAAAUUAACAACGACUACAGAAUAAGAAAGUUCAUUCAUACGUUAAUCAAUUUAAAAAAUAAAAAAUGUAAAUAAUGUAAUUUAUGUUAGCGAUCAAGGAAUCAUUCAAUUUCAAUAAAUGAGAAUACAUAUUGUGAAUAAAGGUCAACGUGGGAUGAUUAAGUUGAGUAUAGAACUAAUUAAACAAAUCAAACAAACUAAUCAUUAAUGUGUAAUGGAUUUAGAUUUUCUUGA